AGUCCGUCGUAAAAUGAGUCUUCUUCAGUCCCAGCCGAAGUUUCUAAACCGGGUCCGAGAUUUCCAGCAUCCUUUCACAUUUUUAAGCGUAUACCAGUAGCUGGUAGAUGUACGUGUGCCCAAAUGGAAACAUAAACACAGGUCCCUAAACUACCAUUCUACUGCUAUGGCAGUGGCUAGUUACAUUUGAGGUCUAAUUUAUUUUAGCGUUUAAUCGAAAGUAUGUGGGCUCAUGUCUUGACUGUUGAGGACUAUCAAGAUCUCAUAGAUAGGGGAUGGAGAAGAAGUGGAAUGUAUGUGUAUAAACCUAUAAUGCACAAAACCUGCUGUCCACAAUACACAAUAAGAUGCCGAGCUUUGAACUUUCAGCCUUCCAAGUCUCAAAAGAAAAAGAUGAAGAUGUUGACAAGAUUUUUGACCAAAGGAGAAGUUUCUAAAGAACCAGGUGAUGAUGAAGCAAUGGAAUCCUGCUUUGAAAUUAUGGGAGGACAACCUAGUCCUGAGCUAAACAAAUGCAAAGCUACUGAGCACGAUUUGACUAUCUCAGGGGAUGACUUAGAUGUGGAAGUACCUGUCCAAGAAAUUGAAAAAAAGAAGGAAGAGAAAGAAAGUGUUGACAAAGGGGAAUCCAGUGCCUAUGAGCCAUCGGAUACCACGAAGUUAAGCACUGCAGGCAGAGCUACACCCACACCUCACAGAACACCAAAGCCAGGUGAAGGCCCUGAUACAAAUAGACCACCUUGCCGGAAAGCAAAGGAAGUACGAAGAGAGAGGAAGCUUCAGAAGACGCAGCACAAGGCUGGUGUGACUGUGUGCCCUGAAGCGCAGUCCGAUGCUAAGUCUGUGCUUUCUGAGAAAUCAAAAGCAAAUCAACCCAAAUCUCUUGAAGAGUUUCUUUCUUACCCAGCUGGUGAAUUAAAGCAUCGCCUAGAGGUGAGGCUAGUGAGGUCAUCUCCUGCAAGUCCUGAAUUCACAGCCACAUUUCAGGAGUCUUAUCAAGUCUAUAGACAGUACCAGCUUACCAUCCACAAGGAUCCUCCUGACAAACCAUCCAGCAAGCAGGUGAGGUUAGUGCUUGCUUCCUUUGAUGACCCAGGAUUCUCAGCUACUUUCAAGGAAUCUGCUGAUUUGUUUGCCAAGUAUCAGAUGAUUAUACACAAAGACACUCCUAGUGAAUGUGACAAAGACCAGUUUCAACGUUUUCUCUGCAAUUCUCCAUUACAGGAGGAGUAUCCCCCUGAUGGUCCUGACUGUGGGUAUGGAUCAUUUCAUCAGCAAUACUGGUUAGAUGGAAAACUACUUGCCGUUGGUGUCAUUGACAUCCUUCCAUACUGCGUUUCAUCUGUGUACUUUUACUACGAUCCUGACUAUUCCUUCCUGUCCUUGGGAGUCUACUCAGCACUUAGAGAAAUUGCAUUCACCAGAGAGCUCCAUGAAAAAGCAGCUAACCUGAGCUAUUAUUACAUGGGUUUCUUCAUCUACUCUUGCCCUAAAAUGAGAUACAAGGGUCAGUAUAAACCUUCUGACUUACUGUGUCCCGAGACAUAUGCCUGGAUACCCAUUGAGCAAUGUCGACCCAAGCUGGAACACUCCAAAUAUAGUCGUUUGAACUCAGACCAGAACACAGUUGAUGAAAAUGCUGUGAGUGACAUUAACAAUGUCCACGUCCUGUACAAGAAUCGUGCAAUGCUGUACAGUAUGUAUACAUAUCGGAGACUGGCAUUUAGGGAUUCUGAUGAGGAUGAACUUGUAAAGGAGUAUGCGGGUCUAGUCGGAAAGACUUGUGCACAGAAAAUGUUAUUAUACAUGAGAUGAUAGAAUGAAAAAGCAAUCACUAGCAUGUUACAGUGCAUUAUAUUAUAGUGUAAUAUGAUAAAUGGUUUAAAAUGCAGUGUGUACUGCAUCAGUUCUAGAGAAAUGUAUUCCUUAGUUAACAUAAAGUAAAAACAGAUACCUAAAACCAACAUUACAAGAAGAAUAUUGCAAACACAUUGUAGUAAAAUUUGAAACUUAACAUUGCUUGUGCAUUUUUGAAAUUAUAACUCAUAGUGGCUUAUUAAUGUAAAUCAUACAAAAAUGUAUUAUGUGUAUGUUUCUGUAACAUUUUAUGGAUUGUUCUUUUAAUUUUAAAGCCAUUAUGGGAAUGGGUGACCCACAUUAAAGAAAUACUGCUAAACA